ACAAAAAGCUAACCCUUAGCCCUACCAAAACAAAGCAAACCCCACAAACAUUAACAUAUUCACAUUCACAAAAAGUCAUCAUAAAUAAUCCCUCAAAGCCUCUCUUGCCCCCCAACUAAAACAUCUUCAAUUCUCCACCCUCACAAACUUCAAACAUAACCUCAUCCUCCUAAUCCUCCUAUGGACUCAUUUCCCUCCCAACCCAUCCUCCUCCUCCUCCUACUCUUCUUGCUCAUUUUCGCUGUCGUGGCCCGCCCAUCUCUUUCCACCCCCACAACCGACGAUCCUCCCCCUACCAACCCCGUCGACUUCAUUCGAUCAAGCUGCAACACCACCCUCUACCCCGACAUAUGCUACACAUCCCUAUCUCGUUACGCCAAUGCAGUCGGGCUCGACCCAGCCCAAAUGGCCCGAAUCUCCAUAGGUGUCACCCUAGUCAAAGCCCACCAUACCGCCACCUUCUUCAACAACUUGACUAAACAAUCUGAUUAUUACACCCCAAACCCUCGAGCUACCUCCGCUCUUCACGACUGUUCCGCCACCUUCCGAGACGCCGUCGAUCAAAUACGCGGCUCACUAAAACAAAUGACCCAACUCGUAUCAGCAACCGGGUCAAGUACUCCAGAAUCGAUUCGGUUUCAAGUGAGUAAUGUACAAACAUGGAUGAGUGCUGCACUUACAAAUGAAGACACGUGUACAGAUGGGUUUCAAGAUGUUGCAGAUUGUCCGAUAAAAAAUAUGGUUGGAGAUAAAGUAGUGACGGUUAAACAGUUGAACAGUAAUGCUCUUGCUUUGGUUAACAGUUAUGCUGAUUCUGUUAAUUAUCGAUGAUUAUAGUGGAUAAACAGUUGGAGGGUAAUUGCGGGUUUAUAACGAACUCGUGACUUUAGAUUGUCUUGUUGUUAGUAUUAUUGGGUAUUUGGGUUAUUGCUUGUGAAUUGUGAUAGACUUGCUUUUUAUGUUUUGUUUUGUUCUUAGCUUGUACGUGUGAAUGGAGAAGGAAGCUUAGCUUAUCUGGUUUUGUUUCUAUUAUAUACGCUUGUAAUAUAAUAUCGAAUUUUUGUGAGCGACCCCGUGUCUCAAAGAAACGAUUUUAAAAUAAAAAGCCCAUAUUUUUAUUUUGUCUUUAA